AUGGGUGGACAUCUUUCAAAGCCAAUUGAAGAUAAAAACACUACUGAAGGUAUCUUUCAACAACAUGACUUAAUAUAUGUUACUUCAUCAAUGCAAGGUUGGCGAGAAACUAUGGAAGAUAAGCAUACUGUUGAGUGUAAUAUUCCUGAAUUUCCUGAUUAUAGUUUUUUUGGAGUUUAUGAUGGACAUCAAGGAAAACAUACUUCUGAAUAUCUCAGUAAAAACUUGCAUCUUAAUAUUUUCAAAAAAAUUCAUGAAAUUGGUGAAGAAAAUAUUGAAGAAGCUAUAAAAGAUGCUUUUAUGCAAACAGAUGAUGAUUGGAAAGAUGAAAGUUCAAACUAUUCUUUUAAGUGCAAUGAUGGUAGUACUGCAGUAGUAACUGUGAUAACUCCAAACAAAAUUGUCUAUGUUGGAAAUGCUGGAGACUCACGUGCUGUUAUGAGCGUUGGCGGUUUAGCAAUACCCUUAUCUGAAGAUCAUAAACCCAAUAUUGCUAGAGAAUCUCAAAGAAUAAUUCAAGCAGGAAGUUCCCCAGGAGAAUAUAAUGUGUCCCGUGCUUUCGGUGACUUUAAAAGGUGUAAGAAUAAUCCUGAUAAAGGACCAAAAGAACAAAUUUUCAUUGCUUACCCUGAUGUGAUGUCCCAUAAAGUCGAUACAGAUACUGAUUUCUUAGUCUUAGCAUGUGAUGGAAUCUGGGAUUGCAUGUCAUCUAAAGAUGUCAUCAAUUUCAUCAAUAAGGAUAUUAAAAUAAAUAAAGAUCUGAGUAAAGCUUGUGAAAAUUUAAUGAAUAGGUGUUUAGAACUUGGUAGCACAGAUAAUAUGACAGUAAUCAUUAUAGGCUUUUUACAUGGUUUGGAUAAGGAAAAAUGGAUGGAAAGAAUUGGUUCUAGAUGUGUAGAAGAAAAUUAA